AUGUAAACUAUACAGCUAAAGAAUUUGUUAAAAGAUCGUAGAGAAUUAAAGAAAUAGUUCACUCUGAAAAGAAAGCUUGAUAUAACUUCUAUUCCCAUUUUAGUUAGAAAUAAAAGUUGUGAAUGUUUAGAUUGUGGUGGAUAAAUUAUUAAAUAAAUUGAAGAACAUAAAAUUAAUAAUAAAGGGUCUCCCAAAUAUAUUACCAAAUUUAUAGCCUAACAUGAAAAAUCUAAAAAUUUUCACUUUUUAUAACAUAAACCUUAAACUACUUAAAAUUUGCCAUUUCCAGAUAUUGUUCCCAAAAGAGUUCAAUAGCCUUCUAGCAAUUCUAAUGAAUAACCCUUAAUAAGUCCUACCUUAGAACAACCCAAAAGAGACAUGAGAAAAUUAAGUAGACUAAUUGAAAAAUAUGAAACUACAAAAACUGAAAUCGUUUAGUAACAAUACUGCAAAACCUUACCUGAUGUAGUCUAAAAAUCAAAAAAUAAAUGCUAAUAUUUACAAAGAUAAAAAACUCAACAUCAUUCAUAUAUUAAAAUACUUCCAAUAGGAGAUGAAGAGAAGGAAUUACAAAAUUCUGGAACAAAUAGUAACCAUCUUAAAAAUUCAUCCUAAAAAACCCCGUUAAGAAAUUAGGUGUAUAAGGAAUUGAAUGAAAGUUCAAUAUUAAGAUAGUUAUAAACUCCAAUCUUAUAAAAAUCGAAAUUUAAAAAUUAUGUAAUCAUAGAUUUCGCUGAUGGAAUUAAAAAAGCCAUGGAAAAAAUCAAAGAAAUGGAUGAGUUCUCAAAUAAUAGUAAGAUAGUUAGCACACAGUUUAACGAAGAUACAAAAAAUAAGAAUAGAGGAUCUAUUUUAUUAAAAUCUAUGUUUGAUUGUACAAAGCUUUUAGAAAAGAAUAAAAAAACAUUAAAAUAGUUAGAUGUUUUUGUAAGAACCAAAUCUCUAAAUCGGAAAUCUAGUAAAUAUGAGAAGCACUAUUCGCCAUCAAAAAAUUACUCACUUUCGAAGAUUUAUUUACCUAAAAUCAUUAAAAGAUGA